GAACGUUUUCGGCUAACAUCAUGAUGAUGUUCGUUGUGGAUAUUAAUUGAAAUAUAAGGAAAUUUGUUAGAGAGACUAAAUCGUUAGUCGGACCAUUACCUUGCACAAAUAAUCGUGAUUAAUUAGUCAGAUGACAAACUGCCCUGCUGGGAGAAGAACAGAAGAUUAAAUAAUCUAGCAAAAUGAGAAUCACAUCGGGAAAUCCAGUCAUGAGGAAAGAGAGCUUUGCUCAUAAGAAUCGACCGGUGAUGAUAUCGAUUGCAAAAAGUUUGUCUCCAACAUUUGAAAUUCCAUUUCCAGCUGUAACAAUUUGUUCAGAAGAGAAAGCGGUUAAGAGUGAAAUUGAUUUUGCCAAAGUUUUGAGAAAUUCCGAAAACUUAACUGAAGAAGAAAGUUCAAAGUUGAAAGCAUUGCUUCAAGUUUGUGAUUUUAGAGAUCGUGAAAAUCUUCAAGAUGCUUUAGAAGUUAAUCAAAUGGAAGUUGACAUCGUAUCAACAUUAGAAGAAUUGGCAAAUCCAAUGGACGAUUUAUUUGAAAGAUGCCGAUAUGGAUCUUUCCGCUUUUCAGAUUGCAAAAAACUUUUUUCAAAAGUGAUAACUGAUGAAGGUAUUUGCUACACGUUUAAUAUGCUUGAUCGAAAAGAUUUAUUCAAAGAUGUUUAUCCGCAUCGAGUGCAUGGAACUGGUUACGAGUCUGGACUUUACAUUGAAUUAAAGAAGAAGAAAUCGAAUAUGAAUCCCGGAUGCAAGCGUGGCGUUCGUGGAUUUCGUUUAACACUUCAUACUCCAAUAGAACUUCCACUAAUGUCAAAAGAUUUCCUUUACAUUCCCUUUCAGAAGUUGACUUCAAUUGCUGUCAAUCCACACAUGAUUUAUUCAUCGAAGGAUGUCAAAGAUUACGAUCCCUCUAGUCGGCAAUGUUAUUUCAGUAAUGAAAGAAAUUUAACUUUCUUCAAAACUUAUACAAAGUCAGGUUGUGCACUUGAAUGCUUGUCGAAGCAUGUUCUCUCAUCUUGCGGCUGUGUGAAAUUCUCAAUGCCACGUGAUAAUCUCACACAAAUCUGUGACUAUUCAAUGCUUGAAUGUGCUUAUGAAGCAGAAAGAAAUUUAACAACACGUGAUCUUGAAAGGAAACUUUUGCAGAAGCAACUUAAGCGAGCUUUAAAGCAUGGAGAAAUAACGAAGAAGGAUGAGGGCUUUAAGAGACUGAAGAAAAUGGAAUCUUGUAAUUGUCUGACGACAUGUACGUCAUUGAAGUACGAGCCGGAAAUAUCACAAACAGACUUCAUCAUCAGUGAUGAUCCAGAACAUGAAGUUACUGUAAUUAACAUUUAUUUUAAACAUGCGCAUUACACAAGACUCAAACGUUACGAAGUUUAUGCCCUCUCCGAUUUCUUAUCAAGUACUGGCGGCAUUUUUGGAUUAUUUCUUGGCUGCUCCGUUCUGUCCUUUAUUGAAAUAUUUUAUCAUAUCAUAACGUAUUGCAUUAGAAAAGUGAAAAGAAAAACUAAUGAAGUCAACAUCACUCCAAAUAUUGGAGACAUAACAAGAUUUUAA